AUGAAUCAGAUGGCCGCCGCCCCGCAACACAACGCCCCGACACCACCACAUCUCCUUCCCACCAUGAACAAUCACCAGACGCCGAGCCCACAUGCUUCACCCAACAUGAACCAAGGCGCAUUUGCGUCGCGAGCCCAUUCACGACACGCAUCGCUCGAUCCCAGUGCGGCCUAUGGACAGGGUGCAGAGUGGGGGAACAUGGCCAACUUUGGCGCACAUAGGAGGGUCCCCAGUGAGACCGCAUACUCGGAUGUGUCUUCGGCGCAUGCAUCGCCUUAUCUCGCCCAGCACGACAGCUUUGAGCACGACCAGCCUUCGCCCUUGAUGCACGCAGAGAAUGAUCCCCAAUUGUUCCACGAUCCCGUCUCACGGUUCGGCCAAUUCUCCCUGAACGACAGCAAUGCCCACAUCAGUCCUGGUCACAGUCCACACAUCUCGCCCCGCUUGAUUCCCCAACAGCAGCAAUCGCUUCCCAUGUUUCAGCCUAGUUCGUUUGGUUUGGAUCAGAGUAUGAACGACCAUUUUGGACAGCAGGGUAUAAAUGCAUACCAAAACCAAGGUGUCGAGGCCUUUCCUUCGAUCAAUCAGCCUGGAGUGGAGUUUGGCCAGGCCGAUGCCAUGUCGCCGCCGGAAAUCAACAUUGACUUCGCACCGCCAUCCAGGCAAGCCAGCUUUGAGCCUCCGAAGCCUGAGCAUCAAGCAGACGCCUUGAGUCCCCCGGACCGAUCGCGGAGUCGAAAUAGGAUACGUGCCAAAUCGGAUCCCUAUACCAGUGCGAGCUCGCGCGCGUCUACGCCUGGUUCGGAAGUGCAUCGAUCAUUGUCUCCUAGUGCAGCAAAGUCUCGAUCUCCUUCACCCGCCAAUAAAUCAUCGCGCCGAUCGUCGACUUCGAGUGUGCCCAAUCGUGAUUAUAUACUCGAUCUUGCAGAUCCUUCUAGGCCUGCUCCUGUCGAUGGCUCCAACCCGAAGCGUACGCAGAAACAUCCUGCAACGUUUCAAUGCACCUUGUGCCCAAAGCGCUUCACACGUGCAUACAACCUACGAUCGCAUUUGCGCACGCAUACAGACGAGCGUCCAUUUGUGUGUAGUGUUUGUGGCAAGGCUUUCGCCCGUCAGCACGAUCGGAAGCGUCACGAGGGGCUGCAUUCUGGAGAGAAGAAGUUUGUCUGCCGGGGCAAUCUCAAAGACGGUAACAACUGGGGCUGUGGAAGGCGAUUCGCCCGCGCAGAUGCCCUUGGUCGCCACUUCAGGUCCGAAGCUGGCCGCAUAUGCAUCCGUCCGCUUCUCGAGGAAGAGGCACAGGAGAAGGGCGGCUGGGACGGUCAGGGUCAGUCCAUGAGUAAUGGCAAUGGCAUGUUCAAUCAGAUGCCUGCCCAGAACUUUGGGUUGAUGCCGUCGCAGCCAGGCUAUGAACCGUUUUCGCAAGGCAUGACCGCAGCGCCAUUUUUGCCUGCUGCUUUGCUGGCGCAGUAUCCUGCUCUUGCGGGUCUGCAGUGGGAUCAACUCCCUGCAGGCAAUCCAGAGGAAGUCGAGGGCGACAUUAGUGGCCGUAGCUCCUUUGACGCCUCGAGUGGGGGCGAAUACUUUGACGAGGAGAGUGAUUAUCCUGCUCAGCAGCCCCUCUAUGCAGGUAACAAUGGUGGAUGGGUGAGCGAUUCGUAUGAUGGUCGUUGA